UUUCUUUUUUUUUUUCAUAACAGAACGUCAAAAGAAAAAAAAUUAAACCGAACCAUAGUAAUCAUCUCCAGGCAUGAUAAAAUAGAAGAUCAGAAUAAAGGAGAUGAGCCAUAAUAUCGCAGGCAUGCCACCUUUUGCUAGGAUGCCACUCAGUGGUAUGGGAGUUGGAAUGGGACCUAACGGUCCACAUUCUGAACCUAAUGCUCAUCCUCAUCCUCCACCACCACCACCAGCUGGUGCUAAUCCUAAAAAAAAAAGAAGAACGAAUGCUAACGUAGCACCUGCAGCUUCUCAACCUCCCCCGUCUCUACAGGACUUAUUGCCACCACCUUUGUCGGGUUACGGCGAUACAAUAGUAGCAAGUAAUCCUUUUGAUGAUGCUCCACCUCAAAGUACACCAAAUACAAUGAUACAUGGUGGACCACCACAUAUACACGGUGGACAUCCACAUCAUCCUCAUCAUAUGACGGGUGCUUCUAUGAGGGGUAUGAGUCCACUUACAUCGAUGAGUAGUAUAAAUCCAAUGAUUCCUCACAAUAUGGGCAAUAUGAGCCCGAUGGGUAAUUCACCUAUGAAUAAUCAUAUAAAUCACAUGGGAGGCAUGUCACCGAUGAAUCAUGCACCAAUGGGAGGUAUGAGUCCUAUGAAUAAUAUGGGAUCCAAUAUACCUACGGGACCGAUAAAUUCUAUAAAUAAUCAUAUGAAUUUAAAUCACAUGAAUAAUGCUCAAAUGAGUGGACCACCUAUGGGAAGUCCAAUGAGUAAUAUAAAUAAUGGUCCAAUGGGAAGCCCAAUGAAUAAUAUGGGCCACAAUAUGGGAAGUCCUAUGGGUGGACCACUAGGAUCGCCAAUGAAUAGUAUUGGAGGUAAUAAUCACAACCACAUCCCUAAUGGACCAAUAAAUAUAAAUAAUAUGACCAAUCAUAUGCCACCUAAUAGUCCACUUAAUGGACCUUCAAUAAGUAAUGUAAACAGCCCAUUAAAUCACAAUGGCUCGCAACCACAUUCAAAUCAUAUGGGAAGUAAUCUCAGUAAUUUAGGAAGAUCUAUGAACGGACCUAUGACUACUAUGAGCUCGAUGAUGCCUAAUAAUAUAAAUUUGCCUGGGCCAAAUACAAUAAACAACAUGAAUAUAACUGGUCCUCAAAUAAAUAAUAUGUCAAAUAUGAACGUUCCUCACUCAAAUCAAAUGGGACAUAUAUCGAGUCCUAUGGCUACUAUGUCGAAUAAUAUGGCUGGUGGCCCGCCUAUGGGUCAUCCUAUGAAUAUUCCACCUCAUGGAUAUCAAGGACCUGGUAUGGGGUCUAAACCUAUGCCAGUUUCAGCAGGAAAGAUUUAUCCUCCAGACCAACCGAUGGUUUUUAAUUCACAAAAUCCAAAUGCUCCACCAAUUUAUCCUUGUGGUAUUUGUCAUAAAGAAGUCCAUGAUAAUGAUCAAGGCAUAUUAUGUGAAUCAGGCUGUAAUUUUUGGUUUCAUCGAGGAUGUUCGGGACUAUCAGAAGCAGCCUUCCAGUUAUUGACUCAAGAAGUUUAUGCGGAAUGGGUGUGUGAUAAAUGUUUACAAUCUAAAAAUAUACCGUUAGUGAAAUUUAAACCAUAA